AUGGCAAGAACCAAACAGACCGCUACCGGAGGUAAAGCCCCCAGGAAGCAGCUGGCCACCAAGGCUGCCCGUAAGAGCUCCCCGGCCACCGGCGGCGUGAAGAAGCCUCACCGUUACAGGCCCGGUACCGUGGCUCUGAGAGAGAUCCGUCGCUACCAGAAAUCCACCGAGCUGCUGAUCCGCAAGCUGCCCUUCCAGCGCCUGGUCCGAGAAAUUGCUCAGGACUUCAAGACCGACCUGCACUUCCAGAGCUCCGCCGUCAUGGCUCUGCAGGAGGCCAGCGAGGCCUACCUGGUCGGCCUGUUCGAGGACACCAACCUGUGCGCCAUCCACGCCAAGAGGGUUUCCAUCAUGCCCAAAGACAUCCAGCUGGCCCGCCGUAUCCGCGGAGAGAGGGCUUAAACUGACCUGAGACCAGCCUACAGUCACAAAACGGCUCUUUUAAGAGCCACC